AUGCUGUCAGGUAUGGAGACAGCAGCAGAAUGUGAAGAUGCGGAGCUACACUGCCGCGUGGCGGUGGAAGAACUGAGCCCCGGAGGGCAGCCCCGAAAGCGACAGGCCUUGCGGACUGCAGAACUGAGUCUGGGUCGCAACGAGCGCCGGGAGCUACUGCUGCGGCUGCAGGCGCCGGGGUCCGCCGGACGUCCGCGCUGCUUCCCGCUGCGCGCCGCGCGCCUCUUCACGCGCUUCGCCGCGGAGGGGCGCAGCGCACUGCGUCUCCCCGCCGCUGGCGCUCCCAGUCUCGGUAUAGGUGCGGUGCAGUUGUUGCUCUCCGACUGCCCGCCAGAUCGCCUGCGCCGCUUCCUACGCACUCUGCGCCUCAAGCUGGCCACUUCCCCGGGACCUGGGCCUCCCCCUGCCCGCGCGCAGCUGCUCGGUCCUCGUCCCCGCGACUUUGUCACCAUCAGCCCGGUGCAGACAGAGGAGCUGCGGCGAGCAGCUGCCACCCGUGCCCCAGACACCAUACCAGUGAAGCUGUCAAAGAAGCUCAGGACUAGCCCAGAGCACAAUCAGGAAGUCCCAAGGCGACCCUUGGCUGUGAAGAAGCUGAGCUUGCCCCCCAGCAAGCCACAGCUUUCUGAAGAGCAAGCUGCUGUGCUGAGGGCCGUCGUGAAAGGCCAGAGCAUUUUCUUCACUGGGAGUGCAGGUACAGGGAAGUCAUACCUGCUGAAGCGUAUCCUGGGCUCCCUGCCCCCCACAGGCACCGUAGCCACUGCAAGCACUGGAGUGGCAGCCUGUCACAUUGGAGGUACCACGCUCCAUGCCUUUGCAGGCAUUGGCUCAGGCCAGGCUCCUCUGGCGCAGUGUGUAGCCCUGGCCCAACGACCAGGUGUGCGGCAGGGCUGGCUGAACUGUCAGCGGCUGGUCAUCGACGAAAUCUCCAUGGUGGAGGCGGACUUAUUUGAUAAGUUGGAGGCCGUGGCCAGAGCUGUCCGGCAGCAGAACAGGCCCUUUGGAGGCAUCCAGCUCAUCAUCUGUGGGGACUUCCUACAACUGCCUCCUGUAACCAAGGGCUCCCAGCCGCCAAAGUUCUGUUUUCAGGCCAAGAGCUGGAGAAAGUGUAUCCCAGUGACCCUGGAGCUGACUGAGGUGUGGAGACAGGCGGACAAGACCUUCAUCUCCCUGCUGCAGGCUGUGAGGCUGGGCAGGUGCUCAGAUGAGAUAACCCGCCAACUCCGGGCCACAGCUGCCCACAAAGUGGGGCGAGACGGGAUCGUGGCCACAAGGCUCUGCACUCACCAGGAUGACGUGGCCCUCACCAACGAGAGGCGGCUGCAGGAGCUGCCAGGUGAGGUGCACAGCUUUGAGGCUAUGGACAGUGACCCUGAGCAGGCCCGGACCCUGGACACUCAGUGUCCUGCAAGUCGGCUCCUUCAGCUAAAAUUGGGGGCCCAGGUGAUGCUAGUGAAGAACUUAGCUGUGUCUCAGGGCCUGGUGAAUGGAGCCCGAGGAGUGGUUGUUGGGUUUGAAGCCGAAGGGAGAGGGUUGCCACAGGUGAGAUUCCUGUGCGGCAUCACCGAAGUCAUCCGUGCUGACCGCUGGACAGUGCAGGCCCCUGGGGGCCAGCUCCUUAGCCGGCAGCAGCUGCCUCUCCAGCUGGCCUGGGCAAUAUCCAUCCACAAGAGUCAGGGCAUGUCCCUGGACUGUGUGGAGAUCUCUCUGGCUCGUGUGUUUGCCAGUGGCCAGGCCUAUGUGGCGCUGUCCCGGGCCCGCAGCCUGCAGGGCCUGCGUGUGCUAGACUUUGAUCCCACGGUGGUGUGCUGUGACCCCCGCGUGCUGCACUUCUACGCUACCCUGAGGCGGGACAGGGGAGUCAGUCUGGAGUCCCCAGUUGAUGAUGAUGAGGCUAUCUCAGACGAGAAUGUGGACCCGAACUUCUGA